CUUGUAUGUGUGGUUGAGAGAAUAAAAGCUCCUGUCUUAAACUAAUCACUCUCUUUGGACUACUACAGUGCUGGAAGUGCACAAAGAGAACCCACCAAGGUUUGACGAUGAAGAUUGCUGUGAUUGGUCAGAGUCUGUUCGGGCAAGAGGUUUAUAAGGAGCUUAGAAGAGAUGGCCAUACCAUUGUUGGAAUAUUCACCAUCCCUGACAAGGAUGGCAAGGCUGACCCACUGGCUACAGAAGCAGAAAAGGAUGGCGUCACCGUGUUCAAGUUUCCUCGCUGGCGUCUAAAGGGCCAGGCCAUACCUGAGGUUGUGGCCCAAUACAAAGCCACAGCUGCUGAACUGAAUGUCAUGCCCUUCUGCUCCCAGUUCAUUCCCAUGGAGGUUAUUGACUAUCCCAAACAUGGCUCCAUCAUUUACCACCCUUCACUGUUGCCUCGCCAUAGGGGAGCCUCUGCUAUAAACUGGACCUUGAUCCAUGGUGACAAAAAGGGUGGGUUCACUGUGUUCUGGGCUGAUGAUGGACUUGAUACAGGACCAAUUCUGCUACAGAGGGAGUGUGAUGUUGAAGAAAAUGAUACUGUCAACACAAUCUACAAAAGAUUUCUCUUUCCAGAGGGAGUCAAAGGCACUGUAGAGGCAGUGAGGUUGAUUGCAAAGAGCAAGGCUCCACGGAUUCCACAGCCCCCAGAAGGAGCCACAUAUGAGUGCAUCCAGAAAAAAGACAAUGCAAAGAUCAACUGGAACCUUCCUGCUGAAGCUCUCCACAACUGGAUCAGAGGAAAUGACAAAGUUCCUGGUGCAUGGGCAGAAAUUGGUGGACAGAAGGUGACUUUCUAUAGCUCCACAUUGGUGAAUAAUGCCACCAAUGCAAAUGGGAAGCUCCUGGAAAUUCUUGGUGCAAGUCGACCUGGCAUUGUCACGAAAGAAGGCCUGAUGCUCUUUGGCAAUGACAGUAAGGCACUGUUGGUACAGAAUGUGCAAUUUGAAGAUGGGAAGAUGAUACCUGCCUCACAGUACUUUUGCACAGGAAGUAGUGCUGCUGUGGAGCUAACUGAGGAAGAGAAAAACUUUGCUGAACAAAUCAAGUCAGUGUGGCAGAGUAUUCUGACUAAUGUCAGUCAGAUUGAAGACUCUACUGAUUUCUUCAAAUCUGGAGCUGCCUCCAUGGAUGUAGUCAGGCUCGUAGAGGAGGUGAAACUGUGUGCAAGUACUUGCCAAUUACAAAACGAGGACGUCUACAUGAACACAACCUUCCAGGAUUUUGUCCAGAUGUGUGUCAGGAAGCUUCGAGGGGAGGGAAAUGAAGAAGAACUGACCAUUGAAUAUGUGGAGAAAAACAUCAACAACAUGACUGUUAAAAUGCCAUAUCAACUUUUCAUCAAUGGGGAGUUUGUUGAUGCUGAGGGAGCAAACGUUUACAAGACCAUAAACCCAACAGAUGGGACAGCCAUCUGUGAUGUGUCCCUGGCGCAGAAUAGUGAUGUGGACAAAGCUGUUACUGCUGCUAAGGAUGCGUUUGAAGAGGGAGAGUGGGGCAAAAUGAACCCAAGAGAUAGAGGCAGACUCCUUUACAAGCUGGCUGAUCUGAUGGAGCAGCAUCAGGAGGAGUUGGCCACGAUUGAAUCCAUUGACUCUGGAGCUGUUUACACUCUGGCUCUCAAAACCCACGUGGGGAUGUCAAUCCAGACCUUUCGCUACUUCGCUGGCUGGUGUGACAAGAUUCAAGGCAGCACUAUCCCAAUCAACCAAGCCAGACCCAACCGCAACCUCACCUUCACCAAGAAGGAACCAAUAGGAGUUUGUGCCAUUGUUAUUCCUUGGAAUUACCCUCUGAUGAUGCUGGCUUGGAAGACUGCAGCCUGUCUGGCACCAGGAAAUACAGUUGUUCUAAAACCUGCACAGGUAACUCCACUGACAGCCCUGAAAUUUGCUGAACUGGCAGCAAAAGCAGGACUGCCCAAAGGAGUGAUUAAUAUUCUCCCUGGAUCAGUCACCUCUCUUGUAGGCACUCUGGUUGGUCAGCGCCUAUCUGACCAUCCUGAUGUCCGAAAACUGGGAUUCACAGGUUCCACGAAAAUUGGUAAACACAUCAUGAAGAGCUGUGCAAUCAGUAAUGUUAAAAAAGUGUCAUUGGAACUCGGAGGAAAAUCCCCUCUCAUCAUCUUCAGUGACUGUGACAUGGGCAAGGCUGUGCGCAUGGGCAUGAGUUCAGUGUUCUUCAACAAGGGAGAGAACUGCAUAGCUGCUGGCAGGCUGUUUGUGGAAGAGAGCAUACAUGACCAAUUUGUGACUAAAGUGGUUGAAGAGAUAAAAAAAAUGAAGAUUGGUGAUCCAUUGGACCGUUCUACAGAUCAUGGUCCUCAAAACCACAAAGCCCAUUUGGACAAAUUGGUGAAAUAUUGUGAGGCUGGGGUCAGUGAGGGAGCUAUUCUGGUCUAUGGUGGUAAACAGAUUGAGCGGCCAGGUUUCUUCUUUGAACCCACUGUGUUCUGUGAUGUGCAAGACCACAUGCAUAUCGCUCAGGAAGAGUCAUUUGGCCCCAUCAUGAUCAUUUCCAAAUUUAGGACAGGUGAAGUGGAUGAUGUCCUGAGAAGAGCAAACCGUACAGAAUAUGGCCUUGCUUCAGGUGUUUUUACACAGGACAUUAACAAAGCUCUUUAUGUCAGUGAAAAACUCAAUGCUGGUACAGUCUUUGUAAACACCUACAAUAAGACCGAUGUGGCUGCACCAUUUGGAGGCUUCAAACAGUCUGGCUUUGGCAAAGACCUGGGCCAAGAGGCACUCAAUGAAUACUUGAAGACAAAGGCUGUGACCAUCGAGUACUGACUGAGCCGUAUGUCCAGUCUCAGGAGUGGUGCACUUAUAAUAAUUCUUACGUGAACCUUUUUACUGUAUUUCCAUUGAGGUGUUAAAUCUAAUUAAAAUACUAAUCGCUUUGAAGAAGGGGAUUUUUUUUUUUUCAAUAAAGGACACCCUUAAAAGUUUGCAUCUAAAUGCAACCCUAACCCUAACCUCAUUAAAGGAAUGGCUUUGUUAUAUUAAAAGAAAAAUAAAUGACAAAAUAUUUCUACACAACACACAAUUUCACAAUUGAUGUCUGCAUGGCUCAGACAGACACCAUUUGUCACUCACCACUCAAAAUAAAUCUAUUAAUUGAAAUCUUGUUUCCUGUGUUGCAUUGAAGUGUAUUUUACCCUUUUGUCAGGGCAGCAGGCAGAGGAAGCACUCUCAGAGACUGACAUUUGGGCUAAUUAUUUAUUGAGAGGUGUCACAGCUGCAAGCUACAGUUCAGAUGAGGCGUUGCGUUGGAGAGCCAGGCAAAAAAAAAGUCCCUCUCAACCGUAUUCUCUGCUUAAAAUAGUCCAUCUUCCCCCCUGAACGUGGAGAAAAGGUUCCCUCUUCUAUUUCUCCUGGGGAACUUCCCUUGUCCCCCUCACCUAUGAAACGUACCCCUCUUCUGACUGCGGAGAGUAUGUGGGGAUUGAAUACCUGAGUGCAAUAAACCAAUAAAUGCAGAUCUGUAAACAGGACCCAUAGUAAUAACACCAGGUGGUCACCCAAGAACUGGCUAACUAAAAGCCGCUAAUAGUUAGAAAAUUCCUCUGAAGUGGAACCAUUCGGGGAGUCUGUCAAUAUUAUUUUCUGCGUUCAAAUCUUAAUUCUCAUCACUCAGAUUUGAUUUAACGCCACUCUAAAAUACACUACAUAUCGCAGCUUUAAUCAAUUCCCUAAAACUCAUUACAAACACAGAAGCAGCUUGAGACACCUGAUUAAAAAAAAAAAAAAAGUUUUCGCCCAAAAAAGGAUAAACUAUGAUGUACAAUUUGGGAGAAUGUACUUGAUCAAGAAAUGUUAAAAUGCUCAGAGGCAUCUACUUAAAGAAAUAUUCCACCGAACAAUGAAAAUCCUUAAUCCGAUAGGUCAUAUGUACUGUACUUUGAAAAUUUGAGGUUAAUCUCAUAUCAUUUAAUAGUGUUUUGGUGGUGUUAUGGUGAUUUUUAUCAGCAAUUAUGAAUUUUCAUGGGUUUUGCAUUUUACAUGACCUGCUUGCGCGGAUGUGACGUAUCCUGUGUGUAAACCAAGAAAUCAAGGCCGAUUUGGAGUGUAAUCACAUGCAGCUCCACCACCAUCGGACACGUGAAAAUGCCCGACUGUAUCAUGAAAUUUUGAUAUAAUUAAGUGUCAAGUAAGUUGCCAUGCCACGAAUAGCAAUGGAGUGAAUUGAUAGUAAUUGGCUUGUUUGGCUUGGGUUCAUGUGUUGAGCUGAGCCCUAGAACCAACUCUCAAAUUGAAUACCAGAGGUCGCCAAAACAAAUUAUACUUGAUUGGGUCACCAGGACAGCAAAUAUCUCUCUGAUAAACGUAGCCUUCCCACUUAGCAUCUCACCGCACUGCAUACGUAUACCAAAGUCAGUAACCUUAAAAACCCAAUUAUUUUUAUAUCUUUGUAUUACAUACAUCUAUCAAAUUCCUUAAGAACGCAAUCAUUUUCAUAUUUUUGUAUUCACAUCUUGUUUUUGACAUAAAGACAUCAACAGAAUGCGUUUCAGCAGCUGUUCACACCCUGCGGUUUCCAACGGUUUUUCAACGACGAAGCACACCUGCCUGCAAGUGACAAACGGGAUGUUUGCUCCAUCGCUGGUUUGCUGAACAGGAAGCCUGUGACACCCUCACACACAGGAUGUUUGCAAGCAACUGAUCUUAACUGUUUUUCCAUUGAACCUUUCGUAAAGAAUAUGAUGCUUUGAAACUGCUUUGUGAAAAGAAUAUAACCUGUGUAUGACUGUCUCUCUCAGAGAAGGCAACACACGAUGUGCAACCAAUGAGAACAAGCCUGAGAAUGCAUGAGAGAAUUGUAUUCACAAGAAUGUUGAUACAUUUAUGCUAUUGCUUAAGAACUAGAGUGAAACUGAAUCCAGGUUUGAGGUUGUGUUUAAAGGAUGCACCUGUUGGUUAAAGGCGAAAUGACAGUUGAGUUUGCGGGUGCCUGGCCCUAAUUUGAGUGAGCUAAGAAGGGCGUGACAAGUCAACCCAGGGAUGGCGAAAGGGGCUCAAUAGGAUAACAAAGAGAGCCCUUCCCACUGGGCGUAGGUACAGCCAAAAACCUUCCAGAAUGUUCCACCAAAAAGCUAUAAAAACCUUCGAUACGGAAGUCCGAGUCUCUUUGUUCAUUUCUCGCUGACAAAGAGACAGGUCCUUCUGUCGGGAGUAAUAGUCGUGUGGCAAGCUGGCGGGGAGAAGUCUUCGAGCAACUUGGGAUGCUUAUUUUUGACGAUUCCUUUUAAGAUUGGGCGCGAGUAAAACUACUAUAAUAAGGUAAUGGCGGGAUAAUACCAGCGAUAUUACAUGGUUACCUAAGAAGGGCAAGUUGGCUUGACAAUUUAUCCUUAAUCGUAAAAUUUCUGAUUACUAAAUUAGGCUUCGAGCUUCGUAGGACUUGAUUACCCCUAAUAGGCUCACUCAAAAAUGUCUAUUUUCCCGAAUUUCUAAUGCUUUUGAAUGCUUUUAAUCUUACUUCAUUUUAUUACUUUUUAUUAUUUUUAUCAUUUAUCUCAUCCUACUUACAAUCAGUAUUAUCAUUUUAAUCAUUUUUCCUUUUAUUGAUUUAUGUUCAAUUACAUUGAAUUUUGCCUUAACAUUGCAACCGUACCCUGCGACUGGCGGGAGUAACU